AUGGCCGCCCUGACGACGGUCGUGGUGGCGGCGGCUGCCACCGCGGUGGCUGGGGCUGUGGCGGGGGCGGGCGCCGCAACCGGCACGAGCGUGGGAGCUGCGUCGGCGCCGCAACAGGAACAAAGAGAAGUAAGAAUGGGCAAGACCUUAGAUGGGUUAAGUUUUUCCAGUGAAAUUCUGAUGAAUUGGUCCAAAGUUAGUAACUUAGAAAAAGAUCAACACAGUCAUUUCUACAACCAAACACAUGACUUCAGAAUUGAGCAUAGUAUGCUUGAAGAAUUGGAAAAUAAAUUGAUUAUCAGCAGGAAAACAGAAAGAGCAAAAAUUCAGCAACAACUGGCCAAAAUACAUAAUAAUGUAAAGAGACUUCAGCAUCAGUUAAAAGAUGUGAAGCCUACACCUGAUUUUGUUGAAAAGCUCAGAGAAAUGAUGGAAGAAAUUGAAAAUGCAAUUAACACUUUUAAAGAAGAGCAGAGGUUGAUAUAUGAAGAGCUUAUUAAAGAAGAAAAAACAACAAAUAAUGAAUUGAGUGCCAUAUCAAGGAAAAUUGACAUAUGGGCUUUAGGUAAUUCAGAAACAGAGCGAGUCUUCAGAGUAAUGGCAAGCAAAGUUCCUAUAGACAAAGUAACACCAAAUACGCUUCCAGAAGAAGUGGUCGAUUUUGAAAAUUUCCUUCAGCAAACAGGAGGGCGACAAGGAGGCUGGGAUGAUUAUGAUCACCAGAACUUUGUAAAAGUGAGAAACAAAUAUAAAGGAAAGCCAAUAUUUAUGGGAGAAGUUCUAGAACAUCUUCCUGGAAGAACACAGGAUGAAAUUCAGCAGCAUGAGAAAUGGUAUCAAAAAUAUCUGGCUCUAGAAGAAAGAAAAAAAGAGUCUAUUAAAAAUUGGAAAACCAAAAAACAGCAAAAAAAGGAGGAAAUUUUCAAGUUAAAAGAAAAGGCAGAGGAAAUGUUUUAUCAUAAUAAACAAGAAGAUAAUCAAAAGCAAAAGGACGAAGAAAGAAAAAAACAGAAAUUGGCAGUUGAAGCUUGGAAAAAACAGAAAAGCAUAGAACUGUCAAUGAAAAAUGCUUCUCAGUUGAAAGAUGAAGAAGAGAGAGAGAAAAAACAGCAGAAAGAACGCCAACGUCAGUCUAAACUAAAAUUACUGCUAGAAAGUUAUACUCAACAGAAGAAAGAACAGGAAGAAUUUUUGAGGCUUGAAAAGGAGAUAAGAGAAAAGGCAGACAAGGCAGAAAAAAGGAAAACUGCCACAGAUGAAAUUUCCAGGUUUCAAGAAAGAGAUUUACAUAAACUUCAAUUGAAAAUUCUAGAUAGACAGACAAAGGAAGAUGAAAAGGCAGAAAAACAAAGAAGAUGGGCAAAAUUAAAAGAAAAGGUUGAAAACAAUGUUAGUAGAGAUCCUUCUAGGCUUCACAAACCUACCAAAGGUUGGGAAGAACGGACCAAAAAGAUAGGAUCAACAGGCUCUGGGCCACUUCUAUAUAUCCCACAUAGGGCUAUUCCAAGCUGGAGACAAGGAUUAUAG